CCCAAAAGGUCACAAGGGCACGGGAGCGUCGGGAGGGGAGGGAAGGUGUACUCUGUCCACGAUCGCAGACCCCAGCCCCUUAAUCCACAGCCGCCGAAACCACCAUCGGCCCUGAACGCGACAACCGCGGUGUUGGCUAUGCUCCGAUCUGCCACCGGAUUCGCGCUCCGGCGCAAGGCGCCGGCCCCUCGUUUCUCCAGCCACGGCGGCCGCAGCAGCCCUGGAUGCAGCUGCACCACCAAGCGGAUGUACUCUGGUGAUGGCAUGAAUGAAUCCAAGAGCACGAUGGCUGAUGACAUCAAGAGAACAAUCGCCUCGUUUUGUGAAAAAACUGGCUGGAAAGGGAAGGACCUGUUGUUUGGCUGCAUCGCUGGUGCCUUAAUGUGUACGUACAAGUACAAUGCGACAGGAGCGGGAAUACUAGGAUACAGAUUUGAUGAAGUGAGAAAGGAGCGGGAGGCGAGGAAGCAGAGGGCGGAGGCGGACAAAAACAAUAUUGAUAUUUCAUUCUGCUGAUCACUUUGCGUACCCGAAAUGUAAGCCACACAUGAGAAAGGCCGAAAGGCCACACUUGUUCACAAAAGGGAUAUGAUAAAGCUUUGAACUCUUCUAGCUUAUGUAUUUCUAAAAAAUGUACUUAUUUGAAGAUGGAAGACGUGGUGAUGCUUAUUUGUUGUUUU